CCCUUAAUCAUUUCACGCUUCCUCCGGUGCCUUUUUCCACCUAAAACGUUUAGUUGCAGCUCAAUGAGCACUUGUAACGCCGCUACAGGGAGCGGAAGCCUCAAGUUAUUUCAACCUACUAUCGUCAAAAAACACUGUAUCACUAAAAAGAAAGGGGAGACGAAUAAAAAGGAUCACUGGAUAGAAGCAGGGAAGAUUUUUUCUUUUCUUCUUUCUUUCUUUCUUUCUUUUUUUUUUUUUACUCAUCGGCUUCUUACCCAGUAUGGACUUAGACCACAAGCUUCAGCCGCUGCGUAUUGGAAGGUCAGGGCACGGGGGUGUAAACCAGCUGGGCGGGGUGUUUGUGAAUGGCCGGCCCCUGCCUGAUGUGGUGCGGCAGCGGAUAGUGGAGCUGGCUCACCAGGGGGUUCGGCCCUGUGACAUCUCCAGACAGCUCAGAGUCAGUCAUGGCUGUGUAAGCAAGAUACUGGGCAGGUAUUAUGAGACAGGCAGCAUCAAACCCGGGGUUAUUGGGGGAUCCAAGCCAAAGGUUGCUACACCCAAAGUCGUCGACAAGAUUGCAGAUUACAAACGCCAAAAUCCCACCAUGUUUGCCUGGGAGAUCAGGGACCGGCUCCUGGCUGAGAGAGUGUGUGACAAUGACAGUGUGCCCAGCGUGAGCUCCAUAAACAGGAUCAUUCGCACUAAGGUCCAGCAGCCUCCUGGGCAGUCAGGACCCAUUUCGGCUCAUAAUUUAGCCUCCCCUGUGGCCGUGACACAAGUUUCGUCUGUGACCAGCGACACUGCCGGCUCCUCCUACUCCAUCAGUGGCAUCCUGGGGAUUAGUUCAGCAAACGACACCAGUAAGAGGAAGAGAGAUGAAGCUCUCCAAGACUCGCCACUCUCUAAUGGCCACCACCACAAUGGGCGGGACUUCCUGAGAAAGCAGAUGAGGGGAGAGCUCUUCACGUCACAGCAGCUUGAGGUAUUGGACCGUGUGUUUGAUAGACAGCCCCACCCUGAGCUCUACCUUACCCCUGAGCCCAACAAACCCUCCCAGACAUCUGAUUACUCCGCUAUGGCGUCUCUUGCCGGGGGCCUGGAGGAGAUGAAAAACAGCAUAGCCAAUCAGACGGGAGCAGAGCUGGGAGCCAGCGUGUCAGGGCCGCAGUCCUACCCCUUGGUGGCAGGUCGUGACCUUGCCAGCACCACACUGCCUGGGUACCCCCCUCACGUCCCUCCGGCUGGGCAAGGCAGCUACUCAGCCCCCUCAUUAAGUGGCAUGGUGCCUGGGGGUGACUUUUCAGGCGGUCCGUACUCUCAUCCUCAGUAUUCCACAUAUAAUGAGUCCUGGAGAUUCCCAAACCCGAGUCUGUUAGUGCUGCAGCAGGACUACGGAUCUCUUCUGGGCUCUGACAUGGCCUGCAGCUCCGGGCUGUUCACCAGCCAGACCACACAGAUCACAGGGUCUCCAUACUACUACAGUGCUGCCACAAGAGGUGCAGGCCCUGCUGCCACAGCUACUGCCAGCUCCUAUGACCGCCAUUAACUGCCAGUGAGGAGAAUGAGGAGGAGGAGGAGGAAGAGGAGGGAUUGAGGGUGAUAACACCAGCGUUACUCCAGGAGUACAGAGGAUUGGAGAGGAGAGAGAGAGGAGAGUGAAGACACUGUUUGUACGUCCAAACUUACUUCUAUGCCAUUCUUCAUGUUCUGCCUAUAGCCUAUAGCUCCAUUCAUGACUUUGUGCUGCCAUGUUGAAAGGGUGAGAAACGCAGAUGUUUCUUUGCUCUGCAUCUUUCUCUCUUCCUCUGGUCUUUCAGCCUUUUGCAUUGACCUCCCUGAGAUGUGAACUCUGGGGUUUUAGUCUAAAUAAUAAUGAAUCUUUCAUUGCAAACUCCUCCAGCGUUCAGUCAUUGUUUUGUUUACAGUAGAGCCUUUAUUACUUGAGUUAAGUAAUGAAUUGAAGAAGCCCUGAAAAAGGUUUAUGAUUGAUUUUGUACUUUUGUCAUGUCUUUUUAUUUGAUGUGUUGGGAAAAGAAAAUUGCAAAAUGUUCUGUAUAGUUUACAACAUAAGGAGAGCUGAGUUUUGAUUUGGCUGAAUGGACAAUCUACCACUGGCUAGAUUUAGGUUCACUCCCACUCGGGCAGUGAUAAUGGGGAUGAUGUGUUCAUUGUCUCAUCCAUGACAUAAUAGCAACUGCGGUGCCUGUUCUUUAGUUUGUCAAAACGUGCAUUUUUAAAACUCUUUACUUUUGUUCAUUAAUUCCAAUCUUCCCGCUCUUUCCUUUUGUUGUUGUUUUGUAAUAUACUCUUUAAAAGAAUAUAUGUUUGAGUGGUUGUUCAUAUAUUUUUCUCAGGUUAGUAAACUGGCACUAUUGAAAAGACAGCCUAUAGACUUGAUUAAUUCUGAUUCCAAGCUGAGAGAGAGGGAAGGUCAUCACUGAAUGCAAAUUUAGAGUGCCUAUGAAAUGAAAGCACAACAUCAGUACAAAUCCUAAACGGAGACGUCAGCAUGGACUACAGCGGAAUGCUGAACUUCUUCCUCUCGAUGUCUACCCAGUUUUCAUCUGAAAGGCAUGCUUUCCAGAGUGUGCUUGAAAGUCUAACACACUCAUAUGGGAUAUACAAUAGCAUAGGUGUACAUUAUGUGAAACAUGUUCGUGUGUGUUUAUGUGUGACUUUCUAAUGCUGCACACACACGUAGCAAUUUAGGUACAAUAAUCACCCACACGAAGCACAGUAAACACAUCCGGCCAGUAAAUAGUGUACAGACACAUCUCCCUCUCCCUGUGUACAUAGAGGUGAUCGGUGUGUGAUGUGUAUAUGUGUGUGUAUGCUGGACCUACGACCCAGCCCUCAUAUUGGGAAUGUUGAAAUAAUUUAAAGAUAUUUAUUGCUGGAGAGGCAGACUAAUAUAUAUGCUCUAUAGGAGACUUGUUGCCAGUAUCCAGUGCCAGUGGCUACAUUUGAGCACUGCUCAGUUUUUAAAGGAAUAACAGACUCUCAUCAGACUUAGCCAGGGUUUGGUAGUGUGUUGUCAAAAGACGUGCCAGUCUCAGCCCCUGUACCCAUUCCCAAUGACGUUAUCAAGCAGACUUACUAGACGUGAAAUCAUUGUGUGACAAAAACCUCCCCAAAGAAACUGACUCUCCUAUAAAGCACAAUGACACAAUGAGUCAACACUGUUUGUUUUUUUUCAAUCAAUCAACAUUUCUAUUUCUCUCUUUUUUAUAACACUCUCUCUCUCUCUUUCUCUUCUUCAAGUACGUGUACUUUAUUUCUGAGUAACUCCUUUCAUCUGCAAUGCGCUGAGACAAUGCACGAAGUGGUGGAGGCCUUACCAAACCCUUUCUGUGUGUCAAAACUGUGUGUCAAAACUGUGAGUGUCUACCACUGUGUGUGUGUGUGUGUGUGUACAAUUGAUGCUGUACAGUAUCCAUUUCCAACAAAAUAUCCCCAAUCAGAAUUGAUUGAGAAUUCAUAUUUAUUGUAGAUGCUAGUGAAUGAACACAGAGAAAAUGGUGUGAUUUAUUUAGCUAUUGUCCACCCGUGUAAAAACCUUUUUAUGUCCGUUUGUUUUUGAUACGCUGUGGUCUGCUCAGAGUAGCUUUGAACUGAAGGAGUACUGUGUAGUUUCAAUAGCCAAUCAGAAGCACCAAAACUGCAAUGGAAAGGUUAACAAAAGAAGAGGAAAAUAAAAAUAUAUGAGUAUAUCUUCAGAAAGUGUUAGUUUGAUUAUUAAUCUGUAAAGUAGUUAUAGAAUGACUUCUUGUGUUUGUAGGCCUAAGUUGCUGCUUGGGCAACUCUAAAGAAACCCUUAAUAAAAAAUUCACCAUAGUGCUACUGGUGAACUUUGUCCUUAUCUAACCUUGUAGUUUGAGGCAUUAUGAACCUGAGGUGCACCAGCUGAUAUUAAGGACAGUGCCUUUAUUUUUUCUACUGAGUCAUCCAGUCUUGACCAUGUGUCCCUAAAGCAACUGUCUACUCUGUCUACAGAAGGUCACUUAUCUAUAGACCAAUCAAUGCCGAGUGAACCACAGCAAACUAAUUUGAAUUCACAGGAUUUAGUAUUUCUCUCUUACAAACCAAGGAAACCAGGUUGUUUAAAAGCCUAAACAUAUGUACACAAGAUAUUUAUAUGUUGUCAUUAUCAAGUUAUCAUGAUAUUAAUUGGAUGCCGUUCAGUUAGUAUAUCACCACAUUUUAGUGGAAUGAUUAGAUGUUGAACAAAGGCAUGACUAGGGCCUACCACAGCUAAGAUCUGGCCAUAUACACAAUCAAAAAAACAAUAAUUCUUAAAUCUACCCUUGUCUCCAAAAUAUACACAUUUGUAUGACCACUUGUACAACUCAACUAUCCCACAUUAAUAUACUAUAUACCUUAGAAUAUCUGACAAAUAUCUUUGCAGACCAUGUAGAAUUAUCAAUGAGGUUACCAAUGCCAUUGAGAAGACCUUAUUGGUUGAAUAAGGUAGAUGUGACUAUCAUUGGCUUAGAUACUUGGCUUGAAACGGACAGCGGUGAUUAGCACCCGCCCCUCAGACACUCCCCCACUCGGUUCCUUUGUCCUCUGUGGGUCACGAGUCCCCCCUCCGUUCCCUCAGGGGGAAUCAAACCUGCUGUGCCAUCAAAACCCAACCUUGCCCUGCCUCACCCCCAUCACUCUCUCUCAUUCACUCUAUCUUAAUCUCAUCAGAGCGCCAGCCUCUGUUCUCUCCUCACCUCUCACGUCUGCCAUUUCACAUCCAGAGGAACUGUUCCAUUGAUCACAUUUCUUGGAAGGGGGGGGGGGGGGAGGGGGUCUCUCUUUGCCAAUCGGAGGCAAAGGUGCUAUUCCCACUACUCCACUUCCUUGGUUAAUGCCGGUGAUGUCAUCUCAAUGGCAAAGGAAUGUCCUCUUCCUUGAUACCCUGUAAAGUCAUGUUUGAUGUUUGUGCAGAAAGCAAAAUCAUCAUUUCAUUGACAAAUGGAAUAUGAUAUUUGACAUCAUUAUUUAACAAUUCUUAUCUACAUAUGUCAUAUACGUAUAUUUUCAAUGAUCCUUGUAUUUGGCCAGAUGUUCUUGCAUGCCUAAGGCAAUGUACAUUUCCUAUUUUAUGACGCACUAAAUUCCUGUGGGGAAAUUUGUACCACAGUGUGCUAAACUUUACAAACGGAAAGUAAUUUAUAAGAAUUUCUAAAGCAUACUUUUAUACUGAGGUUUGCCCUCAAUUGAAGCUCAGCAAGCAAUUCUCCCAGUCUGACCAUCAUGUAGCAAUUGAGUCCCUCCACCUAGGUUGGAGGGGCACAUAAAAAAUAACAAAAUCAAAGCAAAUAUAUAAAUAAACAAGCUUUCAUGAACAAUCAAUCAAAGUACCUGUUUGCAAGCUUCUCAUUGACAGUCAGUGUCUGUAUAUGAAAAUAUUAUAUUUGUCAGCUUCUAGACAAAUGGUUCAAAAAGAGUUUGAGGUCAGAUUCAAGAUUAAGGUGAAAAUCUACAGCAUGUCAAAUAGACUCAAAUAGACUGCGCUGGUUGCUGGGCAUAACAUAAGUGCCAUUACUAAUUUCCAUUUAGUUGUAUUUAGACACACAGACUGUACUGCAACCUGUACAGAGACCCUCUUCAGAGGAUCCCCCCUGAGUGCAACAUCUGAUCUACCCCUGGAUGAGGAUUAACAGAUCAGAGACUGAUCAGUCUACAGGAACACUUUCUGGUCCCAAAAUAAACAUGCAAAUAUGUCUGCCAUUAUAGCGAGGGCUUUACUGUCUUAAACUCUGUAGUUACCCUCUACGACUCCUAAUAUUUUGAAAUGACAUGCUCAUCUGCCAAGGGUUCCAAAAGCAAAAGAAAAGUGUGAGUAUUUGGUAAUGACCUUAUAGUGGCCUUUUGCAUACAAUCUGAGAAUCCGUGUGGAUUACAACACUCCUUCACCCCUUGGUGUUGGUAUUCUUUCUUUUCUACUUUCUUUUUUUAACAAACAGUGAAGUUUUUGGUAUAUUAGUGGUUUGAAAAGUGGAAAUAGUGCAUUAUUGCCAAGAGAAUUUUAACAAAUUACAGAAAUAAACAACAUAUCUACUGUAUAGCAUCCACCAAAGCCUGACAUGGCCAUUUAACAAAUUCAGUACAAGUAAAAAGCUAAAAUCAACUAACCAAUAAUGCCAGGUGUCAAAUGCAGAAAUGCCUUCAAACAGAUGGAGGAAUGAAGAAACUAUAAAAUAAACAGGAGUAAAUGAAAGAAUGCUUCUUCGAGAAUUGUGUAUGUUUUUUAUUCAAUUUUCUAGUGGUUAUGAAAAAGAAAAAAAAUCAUUGGUGUGUUUUUGCUCUCUUGUGUGUUGUGUCUUGUCUUAAUAUUUGAAUGUAUCGACUGCAGUGCCAAUUUGCCAAAGAUACCAUUUCCUUUGAGUUCAUUUUAAAUUUCUUUGUUCAUUUUUAGUUUAUGUUUCUGGGAUUUAUUUUUUUUCACACAUGGUAAACAAUUGUGACUUUGAUAUUAUGCUUUUAAUUUUUGUAAGCUUAUUGUUACUGUUAAUAUUCUUCUUGUUAUUAUUACUGUUGUUGAUGAUAAUUAUUAUGGUUUGUCACGUUUACAGGAUGGCAUCUCUCCACAGCUCUGUUCAGAGCAGGGCGUGUUGACUAAUCAGUGUAUGUGCAUCUGUCCCCCAGAGUGACUGUCCCCCAGUGAAUUAUCUUUCUCUGUACUUGUCAAGUGAAUCUUAAGGAGUAAUUAUUUGUAAAUAUUUACCAUAAUUUUAUUGGUUCUCCAGAAUAAAAGUAAUUUUUUAAGUUCA